AUGUCCACCACCAUUGCUUCAGAAUACGCUAACGAGGUCAAAAAUGUACCCAUCGAGCACCAAUUCAACCCGUACUCUGACAACGGGGGUACGAUUCUAGGGAUUGCAGGCGAGGAUUUUGCAGUUCUGGCCGGAGACACCAGACACACCACGGACUACUCGAUCAACUCGCGGUACGAGCCCAAAGUUUUCGAAUGUGGCGACAAUAUUGUGAUAUCUGCAAACGGGUUUGCAGCUGACGGAACUGCGCUUGUUAAGCGGUUCCAGAAUAACUUGAAAUGGUACCAUUUCGACCACAACAACAAGAAAAUGAGCAUGAAGUCCGCGGCCAGAAAUAUCCAGCAUUUGCUUUACGGAAAGCGAUUUUUCCCUUACUAUGUGCACACAAUCAUUGCGGGGCUGGACGAAGAAGGUAAAGGUGCAGUAUAUUCGUUUGACCCCGUAGGAUCGUACGAAAGAGAACAGUGUCGCGCCGGUGGAGCCGCUGCUGCUCUAAUAAUGCCGUUUUUGGAUAACCAGGUCAAUUUCAAGAAUCAAUACGAGCCCGACAGCGACGGAACCAAACGCAAACCGGUCAAGUUUUUGUCCGUGGAAGAAGUCGUACAGCUGGUGAGAGAUGCGUUCUCGUCAGCAACAGAGAGGCACAUUCAUGUCGGUGACGGUGUAGAGAUUCUGAUAGUCACAAAGGAGGGCGUUCGCACCGAAUAUUUCGAGCUGAAGCGAGACUGA